ACUACGCGCAAUGUCCGAAGUAGGCGCUACGUUACUAUUUGAAAAGGCCUAUGGAGUCUAUCGCCUAUCUGGGUUUUAUAUUUUAUAAAUUUCUGCUCACGAAGCAGAACAACAUACUUUGGUUAUGUUGCACCUGAGUACUGUGGCUGUUACAGUAUUUUUACUUGUGACUGCUACCAGACAAGAUGAUGACGUUGACAUUGGCAAAACUUGGUUGGAUGAUUGUAUCAAAAAUGUGUCCUACUUUUUCUGGUCUCGGUCUAACUUGUCAUACUUGUAAACUAUUUAGCUGAUGCAGUUUCGUGAUCGCUUCAUGCCUGACUGGUGUUCGAGAACUGUAAAUCCAGAGCAGUUAAAGAGCCUCCCACUUGUCGGUAAAGGUGAUAAUCAAGUCUUAGCCUGUUGAUGGGUCUCAAAAUACAAAUUCUUAUAUGGGUUCAACUAUAGUCGUGUUCCCUCACUUAAAGAGGGUAUUUAACACCAUUAACUGGGAGGUUUUAUGUUUAUUUUUACUGAAUAGCAGCAAAGAAAUACAUAUACUUACUAAAGUCCAGUCGGAGCUUGUGGUAUUCACUUCGGCAUAACAUCUAUUUCCACCUAACUAUCCUAAAUGUUCCUUUUAGAUGUGAAUUUCUUUAUCAGACUUUUCAAACACUGAUCGCACAUGUAUUCCAGGCGAAAUACCACUCAGCCUUUCAGAGCUAUUGUAAUGCUCAACCUUUUCCCGUGUACUACUGCAUGGCUUCGUAAACAUGGUUUUUGAAGGUUAAUUCGAUACGUAAUUCGACCAUAAAUGUUUCCAAAGCACUACUCGGAUAUAGUGUAACUGUUAAGUUGGUACUGUUAAGAUAUGGUUUGUGUUGCUCAUUAAUAUUUAUUUUCUACUUUUAUCCAAAUCUUGAUUUGUAUUCCUUUUAGCUUCUUAUUAUUCGGUCUCAUUCGCUCCCUCAAAUACGGGAUUUCUGAUGUUUGGGUUUGAUGUUGUGUAGCUAAGUUUAAUUUCCAGGAGGCUCUGGACCUAAAUUUCAUACAAUCUGAAGGGAACUGGUGCUUCACAUGGAGUUCGGACUUGCGCGACCAAGCUCCACAGACUGAAAUAUUACCACUGAAUUAUUUGAGUCAAGAAGUCCUUUAGGAUUAAGAUGCUUAUAUUAACCGAUUAUUGAGUAAUAAUCGGUAUUAUGUCUUGUUUUUUGUACUGAUCAAAUCCCGUUAAUUAAGUUGCAGUAUGGCCAUUAAUCUAAGUGACUUAACAUAUCGUAGACUGUUUUAAUGUGAUGCGGUUGCAGGUAUUUGACUGGCGACAUCGAACCUAGGUUCUUUAAAAGUUAGUAUCUGUUAGCUUGAGGCACCUGGGAUCUUGAGGGAUCUGAUGCUCGUUGUGGAAUUCGAACUCAAACUGCAUUCGGUAUUGUUUCCAAUCUGUUUUUUUCCAUCUCACUGAUUUCUCACUAUGCUAACAUGUGUGGCAACUUGAAAUUACUCAGUAGUGUCAGCUCCUAUGUUGAUGUUGACUGAACAACGAUUCAAGCUAGUGACUCACUACUAGUUAAAAGAUGGAUGUUUUAGCUAACAGCGCCAAAUAUUCACUUUCAGUCGAUUAACUAUUGGAUGAUACGCCACAAUGGAUUAAUGUUUAAUCGUCACUUUUUCCAUUGGUCAUAUAUUUCCAUCUUUAACUAUUCAAUAUCUGUGUUGUUCUAAUUAGGUACUGUUUUUCUUUAUAAAAGUGAUAGAGAAAAGCUUAAAUUUGUAUCUUCCUUACUGAUUUUAGGUUACUUUUGGCAUUUAAGUGAUAUUCACUGUGAUUUAAAAUAUGUAAAUAAAUCAUGUAAUCUUCCAUAUGGUAAUUAUUCUUGUGAUUCUCCACUCAAACUUGCUUUAAAUGCAAUCAAUGCAACUAGAAUGUUAUUUGCUAAAACACCGGAUUUUGUUAUUUGGAGCGGUGAUAAUGGGCCACAUGAUGACAGUUUGACAUCCGAUCAACUUUUGGAUGGCAUCCGGUUAAUAAGUGAAGCGUUAAAACAAUCAUUUCCAGUGGAUGAAGUUUACAUUCUACCUGUAUUAGGUAAUCAUGAUGUUGUGCCUGCAAAUACUAUGGAAAUUACACCACAAAGUCGUUCACGUUUUGACUUGUGUCACAAACUUGGUAAUGAUGUAGAUUUAUGGGGUGAAUGGAUUAAUCAUCGACAAAAGAAACAUUCAUCAUCAUCAUCAUCAUCACGUCCCUCUUCUUCUUCCUUCUUCUCAUCAGAAAAUUCAUUCGACUUUCCAAUGGCUAAUUUCUCACAAACUUGUUUCUUCUCACAUUAUCUUGUAUAUAAUACUACUUCCAACAAUCAUUCUAAUACUGAUAAAAACAAUCAUAACUCUGAAAUUGCUCAUCAACCUAAUUUACUUCUAAUCAGUUUAAAUGGUCUAAUCUGGUAUCAAGGGAAUAUAUUAGCUGGUACUAAUGAUCCAGAUCCAUUGGGUCAAUUAAAUUGGCUUCGAAAAACAUUUGAAUGGGCAAGAAAACGAAAAGAUAAAGUUUUACUUGUUAGUCAUUUCCCUCCGGGUGCUUCAGAAAAUGCUCCACAAUGGUAUCAAUUUCUUCGUCCAGAAAUCAAUGAUCAAUUUGUGAAUAUAUUAAUUGAUAAUGCAGAUUUAUUAAUGACUGGAUUAUUUGCCCAUGAACAUGUGGAUAGUUUUCGAUUAUUAGUAUCUAAAUCAAAUGUACCAUUAGCAUCUUUAUUUCUUAUGCCUUCCAUUUCUCCAUUAAUGUUACAUGGAUUAGGUGAUUUUAAUCCACGUAUUCGAUUAUAUCGAUUUCAACGUUCCACAAUGACCCUAUUAGGUUAUUCACAAUAUUAUUUUAAUUUACAAAAUCAAUUAUUCAAUUCUGAUCUAUUCAAUUAUUGGCAAUUAGAAUAUGAUACAAUGGAUACGUAUCAUUUAACUGAUUUAUCUGCAAAUUCAUUCAAUCUAUUAUGGUAUAAUUUCUCUAAAGAAGAUAAUCAUUAUUGGUCAAAAUAUUGGAAUUAUGAAUUAGGCGGUCGACCACAUGUAUUCAAACCAAAUUAUCUUACAGAGAAUGGUCUUUGUCCACGAGCCAAAUCUCAAUGUCGAUGUGAUCAUUUAUGUGCUAUACGAUUUUUGAUUAUAUCCGAUUUAACUAAUUGUCUUCAAUUAUGUAAAGAUAUAAAAUAUAUUCAAGACAAUGAAGUAGUUGGCAAUGGUGGUGAUAAUAGUCUUCAACAUCCAAUGUUUGCUGAUGCUGAUGCUGCAGUUGCUCCUGAUUAUCCUAAUAAAAAUAGCACCUAUUUAAAUCAUUCAAUUAACAAUCAAACAAGUAUUACAAAUUCUAAUGAACGUAGUAGUCUACCAUAUAUUAUUGGUGUGAUUGUUGCCUUUUUAGUGGUAUUAGUCGGUAUUGUUUUAAUUGUUAAUCGUGAAGUAUGUAAUCGACAUAGAGUUUAUCAUCAGCGUACAUCAUUACUGGCCAGUGUAAUCGGUAUCAAUGGAACUAAUCCUGGAAGUAUCGGUGGGAAUGGUCUAUUUUUAAAUACAAUCAAUGGUGCAUUACCCAGCUCUUCAUUUCUUCAUGGAUCAUGUUCAGUUGCUAAAGAUAACGAUCAUUGUACCGGUGGUUCGUGUAUUGAAUUGCGUACAGCUUUUCAUCCAUCCUAUGAUGAUUUCUAUUCGGAAUAUCUUAAUAAAUCUGUCACAUCUUUAAAUGCAAUCACAUUCUCCAACGGUACUACUACUACUACUACUACUACUAAUAAUAAUAAUAAUAAUAAUAAUCAUAAAGAAUCAGGUCGAAUGAUGAAUCAAUACAAUGUAGAGAAUUCCUUUGCUCCAUUGCAGCAUAAUGAUACAAUCCUGUCACCAUCUCAUAUGAUUUCCUACUAUGAAAAUCCUAGUGAUAAUAGUAGGAGUAGUAGUAGUAAUAAUAAUAAUAAUAACCAAAGCAUAAAACAAAAGUAUAUUAGUAAACGAUAUUCCCUACCGAAUUAUGCUUAUUUUAAAAAAUAUCUAUCUAGUCAUAUUAAUCCAACUGGUCGAAUGGUGUAUGUAGUGAAUCAACUGUUUGAUCGUUGUGGACACACUAGUAGUCGGGUAAGUCAUAUACACAAUAAUGAUACUGUUAAUAAUAAUAAUAAUAAUAGUAACAAUAUGAAUGCAAACACUACUAAUACUAACAUUGGUAAUUGUAAUGAUACUGAACAAUAUGUGUUGAAUAAAAUCUCAUCAACUGAUGAGAAAAGUUAUACAACAUCUGAAAGAUCAUCCAAUAGUCAACAUACACAAUCACAAAACAUUUAUCAUCAUUAUCGUCAAAACAACAGUUGCCGUCCUGAAGAUUAUUAUGCUGAUGAUGAAGCGUUCGGUGAUGAAGACUAUAAUGAUCUUCAUCAUAAUACUCAUGUUUAUUAUCAUUCACAGAAAGAUCAGAACAACAAAGUAAAUAAUAUCUGUACUGAUACAGUUGCUGAUAGGGAUAAUCAUCAAGAUCAAAGAGAAUUAUCAAUAUUAUCACAAACUGGUUAUCAUCAAUUAACUAGUAAUAAAAAGCCUAAAUUGAAUCAAAUAAAAAAACAAUUCAGUUCUCAUCGAAGUCACCAUUAUCAUCAUCCUCCUCCUCCUCAUCAUCAUCAUCAUCAUCAUGAACAACAUCAACAUGAUGAUGAUGUUCAUCGUAAAAGUAGUACCAAUGAUGAAGAUCAUGAUUCAAUGAAUGAUCAUCUUUUUCAUUAUGAUCAAGAAUCAAAACUUCUUAAUAAUAAUAAUAAUCAUAAUAAUGUUCAUAUUGGUAGAAGAAAAUAUUUCAAAGAUCAUAAAUUCACAUUUUGUCGUACAAAAUCAACUAAUCCAAAUGAUUCAUUCAAUAAACAUCAUGUUAUCAAUCAUUCAUCAUUUUCAUCAUCCUAUUCUUCACCUUUAAAAUCAUCUCAUUCUAUAGUACAUAGUCAUUCAUUAAUUCUAAAUGAAAUGAAUCCUAAUACUACUAAAGACAAUACUACUUUAUGUAGUAGCAGUAGUAGUAGUAUUAGUAGUAGUGGUAGAAAACAUAAAUCUAAACAUAAUCUACAUAAUAUAUCAACAUCUUCAUUGACAUGUUUACCAAAUGAAUUAGAUAUUCAUUUAGACAAUAAAAUGAAAAUGAUUCAACAACAAAAUUUUGAUCAUCAUCAUCUAUAUCAACAGUCACAUUCAAGUUAUACAUCACCGUCUAAAUAUCGACCACAAUUUUCAUUAUCAUCAAUACCAUUAUCGAGAACACCAAAACAUAAUCACGAUCACGAUCAUGAUCAUGAUCAUGAUCAUCACUUGUAUCCGGAUCAACAUACUCUUAUUUCAUUUUCAUUACCAAAUCAAACGGAUCAGAAAUUAUCAUUGAAUUUCGAUUAUUUAAAUAGAAAUAAUGAUGGAUUACAACAUGAUGAUAUGAAUGAUAGAAAUCAUUUAAGUAAUAAUAAUAAUAAUAAUGAUAACAUUAUCUCUUUGAAGAAUUUCCCCUCAACUACAAAAAAUGUAUCCAUUGUAAAUAUACCUAAAUGUGAUUAUGUUCGAUUGUCUAGUUAAUUAUUGUUUUUGGCCUAUUGUAUUUGUUUAUCUAUGUAAAUAUAAUUUAUCUUUUAUUGUUUCUCACUCUGUUCGCCCCCACCCCUUUCUAUCUCUCCCUCUUGUUCUCGUUCUCGGUCUCAUUCUCCCUUUCUUUGAAUAUUAAUAUGACAUAUUGAUGAGUCAUUUGAAGAAGAAAAAAAAAACGCACAAAUUUACACAUGAUAAAUGAUUUGUGUUUUUAUGGAUGGGGGUUUUUUUUUGUGUGUGUGUGUGUUAUGUUGAAUAUGAAAUCCUUUGAAAGGUAUUUACACCUUUUUAUUUAUCCAUUUUUUAUUUGUUUGUUUGUUUGGCAUCUGUUUUGUUCAAAUGUUAGUCUUGUCGUCAAAACAAAAAAGAAAAUACACAACUAUUUCAUAUAAUCUUUCUAUGUUAUAUGGAUGCGUAUGCAUAAUGCUUAUUCUCAAUGAAUUCGCCUCCCCUUCCAUACUCCCCCGUCUCCAUCAUGACAACUAUACAUUUAUGUACACAUUUCUUUCUUUUUUCUUUUUCAAUAACAUAACUACUUUUCAAUCCUAUUUAAAGAGAAAGGGAAAGUAUUUACUCUAUCUAGUCUGUUGAUUAAUAUAAGAGAAUGUAAUUAUGGUAAUGAUGGUUAUUCAUUUAUGAAUAUUAUUGUAUCCAUGUGAUGAAUUAGUUCGGUUAUUCAGAUUGUUUUGAUUACAAAUAAUUUUCAAUUAUUAUCAAUGAUAUUUUAAUUUAAUUUUGUUGAUUAUUAAAAACUAACUGCUCAUUGUAGGUUUUUUUUUCAUUCCUUCCUUCUUUCUUUCUUUCUUUCCUCCCUUACUUCCUUCCUUUUUUUCUUUCUUUCUUCGUCUUCUUUUAUCCAAAAUAAAAUCCAAUCAGUGUUAUGUGUAUAUUGUAGGUGUACUUAUAAUGAUUUCAUUUUUAUACUGAUUCUCUUUAUUGUAUUCCCUUGUUGUUGGCCUGAUUUUUCUCAACUUCUAUACUAUGUGUAAUUUAAUUAGGCGAUUGGGGUUAUGUUCAAGUCAACUUUCAUUGAUAUAACAUACAAUAAUAUUAAUAAUGAACAAGUAGAAUAAACCAAUCUAUUUGUACAUAUAUCUAUAUAUUUAGUGUUAUUCUAUAUUUUUGAAAGUG